CCCAGCCGCUGCAGCGCCUCGGUCUGCGCCACCAGCAGCGACGCCAUCAGGUAGCCCUUGACGCUCGACUCGCCCGCCUCCAGGCACCGCCAGGACCAGGCCUUGACCUCGCUGGUGACGGCCGCCAGGUCGCGCCGCAUGUGCGCGCGGGCGCCGGGCCCCGCCGGCAGGCCCUCGUCGUCCUGCAGCUGCGCGUGCAGCUCCAUCGGGAUGGUGAAGGACACCUGGACGGCGCAGGUGCGGAAGAAGCCCGAGCCGCUGGUUAUCAGGCGCGCGAGGAGCUCCUCGCUGGAGGCUGGGGAUGAGCCUGCUGCUGCUGCUGCUGCUGUUGACGGGGUUGAGUAUGUGGUCUGGGUUUGGGCUGGGGCUGGGGAUGCGGGGCUGGCUAUGGACGAGGAUGGCCAGACGGCACACCAGAUCUUGAGGAGGACGUCGAGGAUGACCUGGCGUGAGUAUGCGUAUGCCGGGAAGUAGAUGGAUGCGGCGUAGUAGGGCAUGUGCAGCGAGGCGAGGUACCGUUCCAUGAUGAGCUCGGCCGCGUGGGCUGCGAACCUUGCUGCGGGCCUGUUUCGGAGAGGAUGGAGGCUUCUGCGGAGGGACUUCAGUGCUUCUCUUACCUCCGUGUCCAGCUGGAUGGUUUCCUCGUAUGUGCCACCGGCAGGGUUGUGGUCGUUCAGGAAUUUUGUGACUUUCAGUCUCACGGGGUAUGUCAUCCGCAGUGCUCUCGGAAUCGACAUGAUGGUCGGGUCGUUGUGAUCCUCUGGUAAAUGGCCAGGUCCGGAUGUGAGCGCCUCGUCCUCGAAGUUUCCAGGCGCCUCCGCGUCGAAGUCGGCCGUCGACAGCAGCGGCGGUCCACCUUUAGACAAGCUCGCCUGCAGGGUAACCUCCAGGAUGGUGUUCCAGAGCCGCCUCCUCAUCUCCGCCGCCAGUGGUGUCAUCUCCGGAAGAUGGCGCGGGUCGCGGUGGAGACCCAUCGUGAUCGCUCCACGGAUCAGCCCGCCCGCCGAGAUCCAUAUGCUGUCGCCGGCGACGUCAACGAGCUCCAUGGCGAGCAGGUGGAGGAUCCGCGUCUGGACUAUGAAGAUCCGGAGGCGGCUCUUAAAUACCGGCUCGGCGAGGUAUGUUUGGGCCUCGUACACCCAUCUGGUUGCCUGGGUGCGCAAGGAGAAAUUCGGGUCAUAUGUGACGGCGCCGAUGGCGAGGACGAGCUUGAGCUGGACGAGGAAAUGAUUCUCGGGGUGGGUGUCGGGCUUGGCCCAGAUAGCCUCGUAGUCUCUCCUGAAAGAGGGGACGUGAAGGAUCCGGUAUAUUGAUUCGAUGGUCUCUAGGUACCGGUCGACAAGCGCAUCGCAAAGGUGCUUUGGAGGGAGGUCUUCGCUCAGAGGACAGGGCCAUGCUGGCGCCCGUUGGCUCUUGAUGAUCCGUCCAAGAGUCUUGCACUUAUCCAUAAUGUCCAAUACCUUGGGCUUUCCCUCGCGAAGCUGCGGUUCCAGUAACGCGACAAAUUGCAUGGUCUGAUGAGGUCAGGUCAGAUCUCCAGGUUCAUUUUCUUUUCGGGUUGUUUUGGACAGCAUGAGAAAAGAAAGGACUCACUAUAGGAACCGCACCAUUCAUCCAAUGACUUUGACCAAGCAGUCGCGUCUUGUGGGAGAUGCUCCGGGACAUCAGUGCAGCCCGGCCGAAUAAGGCGCUUCCCGGGUUGCCGCCGUGCACAUGAAAUGUGCCUGCGAAUUUCGAUGCGAAUGUGGAUGACGUUGCAUGCGUUUCGACAUCGGAGGCAGGAGUCACGACCGCCCCGGCAUGCACGGGCCUUGGUGUUGCCUUGCACAGCUGCUGUUCCAGGUGUUUGAUCCUGCUUCGCAUCAAGUCGAUGUUGUCAUGAGGGACCUGGGUGGUGUCGGUUCCUGGCGAGGCGUGCUCUCCUCCAAUACUCGCGGAAGAAGAGUCUGGACAUGUUGGCGCGGCAGAGGGCGGCAAAGGCGCAGAAAUAUCACUAUCUGCCAGUGGUGUUUGGAGAGAUUGCGCUGGAUUGUGACGAUGUCCUCCUGGCUGAAUCGAGCGUGUUCGAGGUCGUCCCUGCUGUGGUUCCUCGUCGUAGACACAGGCCUCCUUCCUCCUGGAUCGCACGCAGUUGCUGCAUGGGCUUUUACGAUCGCAUCUUGUCUUGCGUCUCCUGCAGACUGAGCAAGACCUGAGAAAUUGUUUUGGUCAGUAUCAUCCACCAGUAAUAUGGUGUUGUGAGCCACCAGCCAUUGACCAAUGGGGCUUAUAUGCGACCUACGUGGUGGGCCGCCUGCGUCGACGCACCGUUUCCAUCGUGGUCAGAAGUUAGAAGUUCGGCUCAGGGCGAGUCAAGUGAGACAAGCAAACUAGAAUGUCGAGCUUGGCAAGAGGGGUAUGAUCUCCUGCGAAAGAAAAUAAGUUCGAAGUUCGGGGGACACAAUGGUUGGGCUGGCUGAAGGAUGUCGAGCUUACUGCAUGAUAGGUGUCUAUCGUCUGCCGUUCUCCGACCCCGACCCCGACCCCGACUCGGAUCUCCGACCUCUUAGCCCAUCCUUCAUCCUGAAUUUGCACGUAUUCUGCUGGUUCAGACGCCAAAGAAAUGUCAAGAAACUGAUGCCAGCGAUCUGGGGAGAAGAUACUGCAAACCGGAAAUCGUGGGAUAAAUAUCUUGCGUGCUCAGCUUUCUCCUGGCCUCUUUCCGGUUGCGCGAACUUAAACGUAGCCACCCGAGGAGAGGUUGAGGAUGAGGAGCAAACACCCAAUCUAAUUGACGGGUAUCCAUACCUUUUCAAACAGUAAUUCGUGGCUUGUGGGCGCUUCUGAUGGCCCAGAGUCAGAGUCCAAAGGUAACAAAGGCAUCAUGGGUACCUCAUGUAUACCAAGUGGUUGUGCAGUUACACCUGAACCUCAAGUCCCCUCCUUCUCUCUCUGUUUGAGGAUGCCUGGACAACCACGCACAGACCAUAUACACCUUUUAAAGUACCCAAACAGGCACCCAGCUACCAUGAACUGACUGACUGACUUCCUGGCUUCCUUUGUCUGCAACUGCCGCUUGUUUCCACAUGACGCGUUUGCCUGUCAAGAACGACGCGACCCAUCACCAACUCCUGUACUCUUGUCUCUAACACCACGAUCCCUCACAUUCGGUCUCCAUCCACGCUGGCACCAAUGAGACCCGUGUAAACUUCCGCAUCCUCCUACACUUGCAUGCUCAUGUUUCUUCCAUGAGCCAACCGCCUGCACGAUGAAUCCAGCAGCAGCCCCGCCAGCGUUCAGCCUCGGGCUACUUGGCAUCUACAAACAGUACAAGGCCGACACCGAGACAAUUGCUGACUGGCUCAAGGCAAACGCCGUCAAACAUGGAUACAAGUUUGACGGCCGGGAUGGAUGGACUAUCCGGACGUCUGACUUUGUCCCCAUGGCAAAACAGAUCGUUGCCAAUGUGAAGAAGACCUCGUUCAAUCUACACCCGCCCAUCCAUCGAGCCUUUCGUCGUGCAAUAGUUGCUCGGAAAGAAUGUACCAAAUGGUACGAGGAGAACACCGAGGGCCAAUACAAGAGCAACGAGACACAUGCCUACUUCACUGACAUCUUGAUGACCGCAUGGGAUAUUCUCCUGGGUGCCUCGGUAACUGAGGGCACUACUUCCGGUUCCAAGUCUGCCGCUGUGCAGCGGAAACAAGACAGCCCUCAAGCACAGGCGGCAUCUUCGGUCCCCAACUCUGCAGUCUCAUCCAAUCGCUUCGCUGCUUUCUAUAUCGACGCCGGUGGCGAUGACGAUGACGAGCUAGAUGUUGCUGGCGCCGAAGAUCCAGUGAGCAGUGGCACUUCUAAGAAGGGGAGGAAGGCCAAGUCAUCAGAAAAGGUGCACACGACCACAAUCAUUCCGGACGAGGGCCAGAUAGAAGAAGAGUUCUGGUUCGCAAUCCAGUCCUUCCUCCAAGAGCAGCAAAAGGUCCGGGAAGAGGUCAGGCGCUACUGGGCAGCGUACAGACGCGAUGAGAGCCACCUCGUCAUGGCCACUUUCGGGACGAGAAUGGCUAUCGAUCUCAUACGACGAUCAGAGACUGAACUGGACAUUCAGGUGAAGCGCCCUGCGAGAUUCCCCGCCCACAAGUAUCCAGUCUCUACCUUCCCUGCAUUGCUUGUUGCCGCGAAGCAGCAGUGCGAGGGCUCUUCGUCCCAGAUAGGCCAGCCUUUCGACGCUCCGCUUGACAAAUUUGUCCUAGUGUCCAGCCGUCAGAAUGAGCUGACACUGUACAACACUUAUUCAACCCUCAAGUUCUACUCAUACCAACAAAGAGGCAUUCCAGGAUACGGCGUCAGCGGAGGGUUGCCGCUGAACGAAGAGAUCAAGCGACUGGAUGUCAAAUUACACAAUAUCGCCAACUUGGUGGACUAUUGGCCACCGUACGAGGACGACAUCACCAGGGGCGUGAAAAAGGCUCUGCUGAGUGGGGAAAUUCCAAUCUGGACAACGUUUGCCAUGAGGUUGUUGCUCGACAUGGAUGACGUCCUCGCCGACUGGAGAACACUUCCUUGGGUCGAUGCGUGUGAUCAUACCUGCAGACAUGCUCGCAAGCCUCCGACGCAUUGGCAUCACGAAUUUGGCCGUCAUCACGUUCCUCUCGCCGAUGAACCUCUGGAUCCUGACUUCUUGAAAGAACAUUUUGCCAAGCACAAGCCGUCUACUGCAAACCAGCCCGUCAACAUGUUGCAAAAAAUCAGGACCUCGGAAGGUCCUAGGAAGAAAGGCAUGGGAGGAAAGCGAGCGACAAAGAAGAAACCGGCGAAGGCUGGCAAGGAAGAGGAAGACAUCAGCACAUGCGAGAGUUACCUCAGAUGUGGCUACGACUGGUACGAAAAGGACGUCGCCCGUGCUCUUGACUGGGUGGCACAAUUCGAGGACGGCGACCAAUGUUUCCGACGUCGUUUCGACCCAAUGAGGAGAAACCCUUUGCAUUGUGGCCUGAUGAAGUACGACCUCUACCGAGCUCGCCAUGUGGGAGCGCUCAGUCAAAAUACAAAUGACAAUCGCGACACUUGGACAAUGAUGUUUGUCUAUGCGGCCGGUCGAGCCGCAUUUCCGAACUCGCUAUCCUGGCCCGAUAUGGAGUUCUUGCUCUUCCAGCAAGGCGAACAACACGUCUUUUUUGGUGGACGACCGAAGAAUAUCGAAUGGACGGCUCGCAAAUGGCUCUUGGCAUUGGGCAGGUCUUCGAAUGACUACACCUACAAAGAUCUCGCUCAUGCAAAGUGUUGCAGCAUGCGGGAUUACAUCAACUUCAAGAAAUGGCGACCAUUGAAAGACAACAGUGUCCUGGGCAAGUUCAUUUCGUCUCGAAUGAAUUGUUGCGAUGUCCAUCAUGAACUUGCGCAGGAUAACUUCAUGGACAUGAUCCGAAUGAUGCACACCCCCGCAGCGCUUUCGCGCCUCGCAAGCAUGCUUGGCAUGAGUCAGGGUGAGACAGACGAUUUCGUAUGGACUUGGACCAGCCGGCUGGCGAGCUGGACACUGACGAGUAUCUUGGAGCUCACCCAGAUGUACCUGGCCGUGGAUCUUGCGGACAUUGAGUUCGAUUGGGCGGCAUUGGAUUCAGUCUGCUCCGAGAUGUGGAGAGAAGCUUCUCCCCUUCUCCAGGGUAAGGAUUCCGGUAGUCAUGGUGACGAUGACCGCCCUUGUGAUCACAAGGCUUGUGAGCUUGGCACUGCGCCGUCGACCUGGACCACGGUAGUCCUUAGUCAAGUCGCCGAAGUUGAAAUCAACCUCUCAGCAAAGAAGAAGAGAGACCCUGCUGUCUUUGCGGAGGAGCUGGAAAAGGGCAGCCCCACAUUCAUGAAGUUGUGGUCACUCAUCCAAGCUCAUUGCCAGAAGAGAGUCAACGUUGCCCUUGGUAAUGGAGUGUUCUCGAGCUUUGCAGCGGAGGCGGGGCUCGUCAAGAUGCUGGAUACCAGAGAGGACUCUCCGUUCCCGGCUGUCAUUGUUGCCCCUCACGUCCAGAAAUUCUUCGAGGGAUACCCGGAGGACAUUGAAAAGCAGAGCGCCGCGAUGAUUCUUGCCAAGAGAGUCGUCGCUAGCCAUAGAAAAUUGCGCAAGUCGAAGAUUGCCAAACUUGGCGUGUAGGGCCCAAGAAGGUUUCGCGAGUACGCGGGUGGGAAGUCAACAGGGACGAGCGUCGGACAAUUUUGUGAUCACAUGCUUUCUCAUUGCCUUCUUGACGCAGUAUCUGUCAUUGUGUCAGACAAUUUUGGGAGCGAAAUGAGUUGAGCCAUGGCUAGAGAAAAAGUGUAUACAGAAAGAUGGCCAGAGAUUAUGGGGUAUGGUAUGGUAUGGUUUCUGUCCUAUAUACUAGCACAAAACGAAGCUUACCAAUGAGUCUGUUUGUGCGUACGUAGCAUUCUGUAGUCUACCUGAUUUAGAAUGGAAAGCCACCUUUCCG